AAAUAUUUUAAAUAUGUUGUGGGAGUAUUAAAUUUUCAUUCCACAGUGGUUUUUAAUGAAAAAGUUAGGAUUAUGUGUGUGAGUGAUACACACCAGUGCUCUUAACCACGAGCUAUCUUCCCAGCCUCUCCACAGUGGUAUUUUAAAUAUUUCCAUUAAAAGGGAUGAGAAAUCAAAGCAAAACAAAGGUCUGAAAUUGCUGUGCCCUCAUUUUACCCAACUGAAAAAUAUUUUAAUUUCUGCUGGUUGUGCUAGUACACACCUUUAAUUCCAGCACUUGGGAGGCAGAGGCAGGAGAAUCUCUAUGAGUUCAAGGCCAGUUUGGUUUUACAGAGUGAAUUCCAGGACAGCCAAAACGACAUAAAAAUAUAAUGUAUAAUUAAUCUUGAGAAGUUAAUUUCAGUUUGGCUCUGUGAAUAUUUAUCUGCCUUGCACUAGGUAGAUAUCUUCAAACAUCUGACACCAAAUAAAAUUAAAACAAGACUAUUCUCCAGUUAUUUUUCCAAUGUAUAUGUUCAUUUCUCCCAAAAAUAAUACAUGGAAUUGUGUUCAAUUUCCCUUGGUACCGGAGAGAAAUAAUAGCAAAAUAAAACCUGGUUAAGGAUCAUGGCAUUGUGGGCAGUCUAACAUGCGAGAUACAUUGUUUUGUUUUCGUUUUUAAAGCCAAGCUCUUAUUAUGUAGCUCUAGCUGUCCUGGAACUCAUUAGGUAGAUCAGGCUGGCCUUGAACUCACAGAGAUCUGCCUGUCUUUGCCUUCUGAGUGCUGGAACCAAAGGGGUACACGAUUGCACCUGGCCGAAAUACAUGUUUUCUUUAUCAAUCCUCAUGUUUAUUUCCAUGUUCUUUCCUGGAGUCACCCUUUUCGGUUCCUUCAUUCAUCAAGUACUUGCCACAGCACAUCCAACCUCAAUUAGAAUCAUAUUUUAUCAGUCUGCUAUCAUCCUGUUGUAGGUUGCAGGGUCAUUCGAUAUGGGACUUCAACCUUCUAAUGCAGCUCUUUUUGAAAUUCUUGAUUAAGAAGACUUUCAACAGGACAUGUCUGAAAGUUUUUGAGAUAGGGUCUCAAGCCGCCCAUGUUGGUCUUGACCUUGGACAAAUAUGAUUUGAAGUAUAUAUACUAUAAAAAGUAAGUUUUCAUUAACUAAUUAAUUAAUGUAUAUAUCACACAUAUAGAGAUCAGAAGACAAGUUGAGGGAGUUGACCCUAUCUUUCUUCUGUGUGUUUUGAGUUUAAGAAUCAAAUUAAGAUUGCCAGUUUUGCAUGGCAAGUGCUUUUUACCCACUAAUCCGUCCCAUUGUCCCCAUAGUGAAUAUUAAUAAAUAUUUAUUUCAAAUGAAUAUUGUAUUAUUUCUUUUGUUGUGGCGAUAAUGUGCUAAUAAAAUUAACUCAAGGAAAGAAGUGUUUAUUUUGGUUCAUGGUUCUGGGGUUACUACUGUCCAUCACAGUAGGGAAGUCUUGCCAGCAGGUCAUCUUGUCCUGUAGUAGGAAGUAGAGAAUGAUGAGUGCUGAUCCUCUGUUGCUUUCUACUUUUUUUCAAAGCAAGUCUCCAGCAGGGGAAUGCUGCUGCCCAUGUUCAGGAUCAAUCUUCUCACCUCAAUUAGCAUAAUCUAGCAAAUCCCUCACAGAUAUGUCCUGAGGUUUAUUUCCAUCAGGAUUGUUAAAAAUCAAGUUAACAGAAAGAUCAACUGCCACAAGUAUUAGUUUUUAUUCUGUAGAUGCAUAGGCUCUGUAAGUAAAACAAAGGGAGGAUACUUCUUCUGACUUCUUCCAGGGUGUCAGCCCAGAAUAAUUACAGACUUUUGAUAAUUAAAAAAAGUCUUUGGGUUCUCAGUGAGAGUAUGUUUUUUCUGUUUUGACUCAGAAAUUAGUUUCAUGUGAGUGAGAGAGAGGAAAAUAAGAUGAUCUUUAUGGAGAGAGGGAGCUUGAAAUUACUUUUGACAGUUUGAUUUUCUAAAAAUAACAUGAUUUCUAAACAAGAAUGGAAAAAAGAAAAUUAUGAAUUUAGGAUGAAAAGGGAGUCUGCAGAUGGCCACUUGAACCAUCUCCUCGCCUGUUAGCGUUCUACAGGAGACUUCAGAUGGUCACUUCCGCCCACUCUUUCUUUGUUAAGGUUGUUUAGGAAAUUAUUUUGUUUGUUGGGAAUAUCUCCGUUGUCCACUUAGACCAUGGAUGAAUCAAGAUCAUGCCUGGCAAAUUUUGGCUUAAAAAUUAAGGUAAAACACGGGCUUUCUAUGUUAAAAUAUAUCUUCUUUAGGUCAAUAUCAUGUAAAUUUUAGUUUCUUGUUUUUGUUUUUUGAUAUAUUAAUAUUAUUUUAUUUUUAGUAUUUUGUUUAUGUUUUGAGACAUGAUUUCUUUGUGUGGCUCUGGCUGUCCUGGAACUUGCUCUGUAGACCAGCCUGGCCUCAAAAUCUUGUCUCUGAUCUGCUUGUCUCCAUCUUUCAAGCAUUAGGACUAAAGGUCUGUGCCACUACCUCUCACCUUGGAUUUUGUAUCUUCAUAAAAUUAAAAUGUUGAGAUACCAUAUGUUUAGAACUUGAGUUAAAUAUUUUAUUAAGAAAUUAAGAAAUGACCCUGGGCUAAAAAUGUAGGUCAGUUGCUAGAGUGCUUGCCGAGUAUGCAAGAAGCUAUGAGUUCUGUGCCCAGCAUCCCACGAAACUUACGGUGGUGUAUGCCCAUAAUCCAGCACUUCGGGCAGGGGAAUCAGACAUUCCAGGUAAACUUCGGUAAUUUUGAAUUACAAGAUAGUCUAGGCUAAAUAAAACCCAGCCUCAAAAAUGAAAAGAAAAGGAAACCAGUUGUGUUGGGUAAAUAUCCAACAAACAUUAUUCAAAUACUUCAGAGGAACUAAAUAUUAAAAUACAACAAUAUCUUUAAAAGAAUUAUUUCAAAAGGUUGCACAGAUACUUAAACGGUUGCAAAGGAGUAAUUAGAAUCAAACAAAUGAACCAAGCAUGCAGUCUUCGUACUUCAAGUUAUCAAAAAGUGUAAAAAUAACUGUCCAGUUGUUUUAGUCGUGAAAUGUCUAUAGUUUGGCGGAGUUGUUAAAUUGCUACAGACCGAACCGCUCACUCGGAAUCUGUCUUGAAUUUUCCUAAUCUGCACCGCAUCACUACAUGUUUACCAAGUUUGAAUUAACAACAACCUGCUCUCUGUAAAGACUUAAAACCUACAUGAAAAAAAAUCUACAUGAAUUUCCACUGUAUUAGAAGUUGAUGCUCUGGUAAAGCGAAAGGUCACAUACAAUCACUGACACAGAAGAAGAGCUAUAAAAUAUGUCUCUAUUUUGCGAAACGGGAAGCCUAUUUGGAAAGGGUGAAAGAAUAAACAAGACAGCUUCUAGUGGUGUGGACUUCCGGAAAUCAUACUUACAGUCUGGAGCCACAUGGUGUCGCUCUUUACCGUAAAACAGAUCAUACAGAAGGCAGACUGAAAGAAAAACCAUUUCCAUUCUUCCCGGAAAGCUGUAUUUACCAUCCCGAAUCGGAACAAUGGCGGAUGCAGUGGCGAUGGACUGACGGAUUAGAAGAAUCCUCCUAGCUCUGAGAGAGAAUCCCUAAUCAGAACAAAGCACUGUGCACUUGAAAUGGAAUUUUCCUGGGGAAGUGGCCAGGAAUCCCAGCGCCUGCUUCUCUCUUUUCUACUUCUUGCAAUCUGGGAGCCAGGAAACAGCCAGCUCCACUACUCCAUCCCUGAGGAGGCCAAACACGGCACCUUCGUGGGCCGCAUCGCACAGGACCUGGGGCUGGAGCUGGCGGAGCUGGUGCCCCGUCUGUUCAGGGUGGCGUCCAAGGACCGCGGGGACCUUCUGGAGGUAAAUCUGCAGAAUGGCAUUUUGUUUGUGAAUUCUCGGAUCGACCGGGAGGAGCUGUGCGGGAGGAGCGCGGAGUGUAGCAUCCACCUGGAGGUGAUCGUGGACAGGCCGCUGCAGGUUUUCCACGUGGAGGUGGAGGUGAGGGACAUUAACGACAACCCGCCGGUAUUUCCAGGGACACAAAAGAAUCUGUUCAUUGCGGAAUCCAGGCUGAUUGACACUCAGCUUCCACUAGAGGGCGCCUCGGACGCAGAUGUCGGUACAAAUGCUCUGCUGACUUAUAGGCUAAGUCCCAAUGAAUAUUUUCUUUUGGAAAAACCAUCCAACGAUGAACGGAUAAAAGGUCUUGGGCUUAUAUUACGAAAAUCUUUAGACCGAGAGGAAACUCCAGAGAUAUUUUUAGUGCUCACGGCUAUCGACGGAGGCAAACCCGAGCUGACCGGCACCGUUCAGUUACAUAUCACAGUGCUGGAUGCCAAUGACAACGCUCCAGUUUUUGACAGAUCUUUGUAUACCGUGAAAUUACCAGAAAACGUUCCAAACGGAACAUUGGUAAUCAAAGUCAAUGCUUCAGACUUAGACGAAGGCGUGAAUGGGGAAGUCAUGUACUCAUUUUCUACAGAUAUUUCACCAAGUGUGAAACACAAAUUCCACAUAGACCCAGUUACAGGGCAGAUUACUGUAAAGGGAUACAUUGAUUUUGAAGAAUGCAAGUCCUAUGAAAUUCUCAUAGAGGGCAUUGACAAGGGACAACUCCCACUUUCUGGACACUGUAGAGUUAUUGUAGAAGUUGAAGACAUCAAUGAUAACGCCCCAGAGUUGGAAUUCAAAUCUCUAUCACUUCCAAUCAGAGAGAAUGCUCCGAUGGGCACUGUCAUCGCGCUCAUCAGUGUGUCUGAUCGGGACACGGGUGUCAACGGGCAGGUGACCUGCUCCCUGACAAAUCAUGUCCCCUUCAAACUGGUGUCCACUUUCAAGAAUUAUUAUUCACUCGUACUGGACAGCGCCCUGGACCGAGAGACCACAGCGAACUAUAAGGUGGUAGUGACAGCCCGAGACAGAGGAUCUCCCUCCCUGUGGGCCACGGCCAGCGUGUCUGUGGAGGUGGCUGACACGAACGACAAUGCUCCUGCAUUCGCGCAGCCCGAAUACACAGUGUUUGUGAAGGAGAACAACCCGCCUGGAGCGCACAUCUUUACUGUGUCUGCGGUGGACAUGGAUGCACAGGAGAAUGCGCUGGUGUCCUACUCGCUGGUUGAGCGGCGGGUGGGCGAGCGCUUGCUGUCGAGUUACGUAUCUGUGCAUGCGGAGAGCGGCAAGGUGUUCGCACUGCAGCCUCUGGACCAUGAGGAGCUGGAGUUGCUGCAGUUCCAGGUGAGCGCGCGGGAUGCUGGUGUGCCUGCCCUGGGCAGCAAUGUGACUCUGCAGGUAUUUGUGCUGGAUGAGAAUGACAACGCGCCCAUGCUGCUGGAACCCGAGGCAGGAAUCUCUGGUGGAAUCGUGAGCCGGCUAGUGUCCAGAUCAGUGGGUGCGGGCCAUGUGGUGGCCAAAGUGCGCGCGGUGGAUGCGGACUCUGGCUAUAAUGCAUGGCUCUCUUAUGAGCUGCAAUCGUCAGAAGGCAAUUCCCGUAGCCUAUUCCGUGUGGGUCUAUAUACGGGUGAAAUUAGUACUACGCGCAGCCUGGAUGAAGCAGAUUCGCCGCGUCAGCGUCUUCUGGUGCUAGUGAAGGACCAUGGCGACCCAGCAAUGAUGGUUACUGCCACAGUGUUGGUGUCGCUGGUAGAGAAUGGCCCGGUACCAAAGGCUCCAUCGCGAGUGUCCACAAGAGUCACAAACGCUGAGACGUCACUGGUGGAUGUAAACGUGUAUCUGAUCAUUGCCAUCUGUGCAGUAUCCAGCCUGUUAGUGCUCACGCUGCUGCUGUACACCGCCCUGCGCUGCUCCACUGUCCCCAAUGAGAACGUGUGCGGGCCUCCAAAACCAGUAAUGGUGUGCUCCAGCGCAGUGGGGAGCUGGUCAUACUCUCAGCAAAGGAGGCAAAGGGUGUGCUCUGGAGAGUACCCACCUAAGACCGACCUCAUGGCCUUUAGUCCCAGUCUAUCUGAUUCAAGGGACAGAGAGGAUCAAUUGCAGUCCACAGAGGAUUCCUCUGGAAAGGUUAGUUUUUAUUGUCUUUAACUUGACUUUUUCAUGAGUGGCUUAUUAUCACUUUCUUCACAGAUUUAUUUAUUACUGGAUUUGGGAUUCGUGCGUGAUGAAAGUUUUCCUUUGGGAGUUUGACUAUACCUUCUAGCAUGCAAAAUUUCUGGCGAGAAAUCUGCUGAUAAGCUUUAUGGUGAUCCAGCUGCCGUCAAAAUUCUGUCUUCAUUGUUGUUGAUUCUUGACAAUUAGUUUGUAGAUGUGGCUUUACUCAGUCUCUUCCUCUCUGAACUAUGCUAAGAUUCUUGGUCCUGACCAUCCAUUUCAUCCUCAGAUUUAGAGAGUUUAAGACAUAAUUCCAAAGAUUUCUUCAGUUCUCUUCUUUCUGUGAAUAACACAAUGCAAAUAUUGUCUCACCAAAAAAUAAACAAACAAAAAAACCCAAACAACCAUUAAGUCUCUUAGUUCUUCAUUCUUCAAGGUUCUCUUUUAGCUUUGACAAUCUUAAUGAGCAAACAUUCCAUCCUUGAGGCCACUGCUCCUUUUGCUUGGCCCUGUAUGUAUAACUGCUCUUCUGAAGUUUUCAGUCAAUGGUGUUCUUCAAUUUCUCUAAAAUUUCUGUGCAGUUGGUUAAAACUCCAUCUCUGUUGAAACCCAGCCUUGGGUAGUGCUCUACCCUCUGAACGUUAGGAUGUAGAAUUCGAGGUCCACUCUUCCACACUCCUUCGAGAGAAGCUAGAAGCUGUUGUUUCCUCUCGCCAGGGCGGUAUUUUACUGGGAGAAAACUCUAUGAUGAGAAGUUCCUUGUGUUUUUCACCUGCUUUGAAACAGCAGUUUUGAGCUUGUCUGAAGUUCAGGGGCUUCUGGCUUCAUUUUUAGGUCUCUCAGGAUUGGAACAGGGGUGUAUAUUCUUCUUGACAAUGUGCCUCUCUCUCCUUAGGGAAAAGGAGGUCUAGAACUUCAUAUGACAACAUCUUGCUGAUGUCUGUAGCUCUGAUGUGUGUUUUAAAGUCAUAAAUUCUUUUAAUUUUCUCUUUCAUUUCCUAGAGAUUAUAAGGCACACUGCUGACUUGUAGAGGCAUAAACCAAUACUUGCAAUGUAUUGUCAUGUUGGGAGAAUGCUGAGAGCUUAGGGAACCAUUCUGUGUAUCUGCUGCCCAAUUUAUGUUACACUUGUGCUUUUGAAUUAUGCAUAGAUCCUUGACAUACAGUUAUUACUUUUGUACUGUUAAUACUCAUUUAUGCUUGUGUUCCUGAGUUCAUCUUUCUUCUGAAAAGGGUUCUUGAGUAUUUCUUUUCCUAUGGUCUGAUAGUGAAGAAAUCUCCAUGCUUUUGUAUAUUCAGAUGUAUUUAAAUGCCACCUCUGAGAAAUAGUUUUGUUAGGUAUUUAGUGCUUAGUUGGAAGUAUUGUUCCCUAUCACUUUCAAGAUAACUUUCUAUGGUCCUUUCAUGAGAUGAUGACUACCAAAUUUAUCAUUGAAAUAUUGUGACUUUUUUUCUUCUUUAGCUCCUUUAAACAUUCUUUCUUGAUGAGGUUGUGGUGGAACAAGAUUAUAAUCUGAGCACUUGGGAGGCAGAUGCAGGUGGAUCUCUGAGGCCAACCUGGUCUACAGAGUGAGUUCUAAGACAGCUAGAUCUAUACAAAGAGACCCUGUCUUGAAAAAUCGAAGCAAAAGAUUCUUCUUUUUGUUUGAAAAUUGUCAACAGCCUUUGUAUUACCUGAUCAGUUUUGAAUUACUUUUAAAAAUCUCCCCUAAAGUCUUUUUAAUGACCUUCUAUACUUGUGAAAUGAUUCUUUAUCAAUUUAAAAUAAUAUUUAUUAGCAUACCCUCAAAUAUUG